GACCCAGAAGACCUGAGCGUGAGGUUUCCAAACCGAGCUCGCGUAGCUGGCUGAGCAUGGCGACAACUCCCGCAGCUGCCUUUGAGGCCCUUAUGAAUGGAGUGACCAGCUGGGAUGUCCCCAAAGGCCCCGUCCCGUGUGAACUGCUUCUCAUUGGAGAGGCCGCCUUCCCAGUGAUGGUGAACGACAAGGGCCAGGUGCUCAUCGCCGCGUCCUCCUACGGCCGAGGCCGCCUGGUGGUGGUGUCCCACGAGGCCUACCUGCUGGCUGCCGGCUUGGCCCCGUUCGUUCUCAACGCUGUGGCCUGGCUGCGCCCCUCUCCGGGGGCUCCCGUGGGAGUGCACACCUCUGUGCACCCACUAGUGAACACCCUGAAGGGCUCCGGGGUUGCGGCAUGGGUUCAGCCAGCCCCGGGAGACUCCGCGGGGGUGUACUGCACCAACGCCUACAAUGAAACCCUGACUGCGGAGCUGAUCCAGUUUGUGAAACGUGGCGGGGGCUUGCUCAUCGGGGGUCAGGCCUGGUAUUGGGCCAGUAAGCACGGCCAUGACAAGGUGCUGUCCUCGUUCCCCGGGAAUCAGGUGACCAGUGUGGCAGGAGUGUACUUCACCGACACCUUUGGGAACAGUGGCCUUUACAAAGUCUCGAAGAAGGUGCCCAAGAUCCCACUCCAGGACAGGUAUGGGGAGUACGUCCGGCAGGACCAGCACCAGCUCCUGGAAGGGAUCUCAGAGCUGGACAUCAGGGACAUAGGAAUCCCCUCGCAGCUGCUGGUGCACGGGGCGCUGGCCUUCCCCCUGGCGUUAGAUGCCUCACUUGGCUGCUUCCUGGCCGCCGCCCACUAUGGCCGGGGCCGGGUGGUCCUGGCUGCCCACGAGGGCAUGCUCUCUGCUCCUAACUUGGGGCCCUUUUUGCUGAAUGCUGUGCGCUGGCUGGCCAGAGGCCACACGGGCAAGGUUGGGGUGCACACGAGUCUAAAAAACCUGUGUGCCCUGCUGUCGGGGCAUGGCCUGGAAUACAGCCUGGAGCCCCGUCUGACGGGUGGCUUGGCCGUCUACUGCUGUAAUGCUUACAGUGACACAGAGGCGAAGCAGCUGCAGGAGUUUGUGGCUGAGGGCGGGGGCUUGCUGAUCGGGGGCCACGCCUGGUGGUGGGCCUCCAAGAACCCGGGCUGCUCCGUGUUCACUGUUUUCCCUGGUAACGUCAUCCUCAACUGCCUCGGCCUCAGCAUCCUACCUCAGACUCUCAAACCAGGCCGUUUCCCUGUCCCCACCCCCCAGAUGUUGAGCUACCACUUCCGCAAGGCACUGUCGGAAUUCCAGGCUGACAUGAACCACUCGGGUGGGAAGCUGGACAAGAACUGGCUGGCAAAACUGGGAGCUGAUGGGGCUGCCUUCCUGCAGAUCCCUGCAGAGGGGAACCCUGCCUACAUGUCCGUGCGCCGAAUUAUAAGUAAGAUGCUGCAGUUGUGCUGGCUCCCUGCUGUGAGCCGGGAAAACCCCGUGGCCAGUGAUUCGAAUGAGGCAGUAGUGCUCCACUUGGCCACGCAGCUGGCCUGCUCUGGGACUGACUGCUCCAAGCUGGUGCAGGGGCUGGGGACCGGGACCUGCCCCUCAGAAGACCCCAUCACGGUGGACAUCGACGGAAACAACCCAGGCAAUGGUGAGUCCUGGGUGAGUACUGGGCUCUACAUCCUAAAUGGACAGAAAGCAGAAGUCUCGCUGUCUGAAGCUGUGGUCCGUGCCGGCCUGAGGGUACAGAUUGGCUGCCACACCGAUAACCUGAUGAAUGCCAAAAAGCUGUCUCGAGCACCUGUGGUUACUUACCAGUGGUGUAUGGACACGACCAAACAGUCAAUCUCUUGCCUCUGGGGUGGCCUUCUCUAUGUCAUCGUGCCCAAAGGCAGUAAACUGGGACCCAUGUCUGUCACCAUUAAGGGAGCGGUGCCCGCCCCGUACUACAAGCUGGGUAAGACAUCCCUGGAGGAGUGGAGGAGCUGUACCCAGAAGAGCCCGGCUCCCUGGGGGGAGCUGGCAACAGACAACAUCAUCUUGACGGUGCCAACUACCAGCCUCCGGGCCCUGGAGGACCCCGGGCCUGUGCUCCGCCUCUGGGAUGAGAUGAUGGAGGCGAUAGCCAGGCUGGCGGCCCAGCCCUUCCCGUUCCUCCGUCCUGAGAGGAUUGUUGCUGACGUGCAGAUCUCAGCUGGCUGGAUGCAUGCAGGGUACCCCAUCAUGUGCCACCUGGAUUCGGUGCAGGAGCUCAUCUGUGUGACCAACAUGAAAAGCAGAGGUCUGUGGGGACCCAUCCAUGAGCUGGGCCACAACCAGCAGCGGCAUGGGUGGGAGUUCCCCCAGCACACCACCGAGGCCACCUGCAACCUCUGGUCAGUCUACGUGCAUGAGACGGUCCUGGGUAUCCCUAGGGCUCAGGCCCACCCUGCUCUGAGCCCUCCACAGCGAGAGAAGAGGAUCAAAGAGCACCUGGCGAAGGGGGCCCCCCUGCAUAACUGGAACGUGUGGACGGCUCUGGAAACGUAUCUACAGAUCCAGGAGGCCUUCGGGUGGGAGCCAUUCACCCAGCUCUUUGCCGAGUACCAGACGCUCGCCGGCAUCCCCAAAGACAAUGCUGGCAAGAUGAACCUGUGGGUGAAGAAGUUCUCCGAAAAAGUGCAGAAGAAUCUGGCUCCGUUCUUUGAGGCCUGGGGCUGGCCGGUCCAGAAGGAAGUGGCUGCCAGCCUGGCCUAUCUGCCUGUGUGGGAGGCAGACCCCAUGCGGGGUCACGACCACACCGAGAAGUGAAGCGUGCAGAGGCCGCAGCUCCACACCUGCGUCUGGCCUUGGGUUCCCUGCAUCUGAAUCCUACUUCCUCGCUUUCUUCAGGCAGGCGGCGAAGGUCACAGACACGAUGAAUCACCUUCCCAGGAAAAGGCCCCGUGCUGCUCGGCAGUUUCUCUGCGUACCCGGUCGCUCUCCCUGGGGGCCUUUCUCCGCCGCCCGGGUCUUCUCGGGGAGACUGCCUCUCGGCCUCUCGAGGUCUGCAGACUCUUGGCUUUUAUUUCUGACCUACUCUUCUAAGGACCGCGGAUCACCAUAAUAAUCUGAUUUCACUCCCUCAGCCCAGCUGGCCCUCAACGAGGCUCUCAAUUUCCUGUGCCUUAAGAAGUUUUCUAAUAGCAAGAGAGAUAGGCCGGUAUAGUGGGGGGAGCCUUUGAUUCU